CUGCGUCCGGCAGUUGUGCAGGCGGCGCUCCCUGCUAGUCGGGAAGCCAGAGGAGGAGGAGUUUAAGGAAGAAUCCCGGCCGCUGUCCUUCUCAGCGGUCGAAGCCGCGCCAUGCUUGCCCUCGGAAAGAGCCUGACUAAGGCUCUGGCCGCUCGGACCCUGGCGCCUCAGGUGUGUUCAUCUUUUGCUACAGGCCCCAGACAAUACGAUGGAACAUUCUAUGAGUUUCGUACUUAUUGCGUUAAACCUUCAAAGAUGAAUGAGUUUCUGGAAAAUAUUAAGAAAAACAUACAUCUUCAGACAGCUCACUCUGAAUUGGUUGGAUCCUGGAGUAUAGAAUUUGGAGGCAGGAUUGAUAAAGUGUUUCAUAUUUGGAAGUAUGACAAUUUUGCUCAGCAAACUGAAGUUCGGAAAGCCUUGGCCAAUGAUAAGGAAUGGCGAGAACAAUUACUCAUUCCAAUUUUGGGUCUUACUGAUAAACAAGAGAGUGAAAUUACUUAUCUGGUGCCAUGGUGCAAAUUAGAAAAACCUCCCAAAGACGGAGUCUACGAGCUGGUAACUUUUCAGAUGAAACCUGGUGGGCCAGCUCUGUGGGGUGACGCAUUUAGAAGAGCAAUUAAUGCCCAUGUCGACCUAGGCUACUCAAAACUAGUUGGCGUUUUCCACACAGAAUAUGGAGCACUCAACAGAGUUUCAGCUACUUUAAUUUUCUUCUCUGCAUCAGCCAAAUAUUCAGUGUUCAUGUUCUUUGGUGGAACGCGAAUGCGGAUAGCCGAGCAGCUGGGAGACACCAGUCUCAUGAGGAUCCCAGAGUUGUGGCAGCUGUUCGGGAAAGUGUCAAUUACCUAGUGUCUCAGCAAAAUAUGCUUCUGAUUCCUACAUCAUAUCCACCACUGGAAUAGUUUUCCACGGACAUACAAAGCAUUGCAUGAACUGCCAUAACAUGCGUCUGUUAAUGGUGCUUAAAUUCUUCCAAGAGAUUCUCACUUUUAUUUGAAGGAGGUGGUAAGCUAAUUUGCUAUAUCCCUUGCAUUUUUUAAAAGCUACUCUCUAUCCACUGUCACCACCACUUCAGGAAACAGUCUGUUCAUUUUCCCCUUGGUAUUUCAGUAUCUGUCACACAUUAAAAAUAGUUGCCAUGGGCUUCCCUGGUGGCGCAGUGGUUGAGAAUCUGCCUGCUAAUGCAGGAGACACGGGUUCGAGCCCUGGUCUGGGAAGAUCCCACAUGCCACGGAGCGGCUGGGCCCGUGAGCCACAGCUGCUGAGCCUGCGCGUCUGGAGCCUGUGCCCCGCAACGGGAGGGGCCGCGAUAGUGAAAGGCCCGCGCACCGCGAUGAAGAGCGGUCCCCGCACCGCGAUGAAGAGUGGCCCCCACUUGCCGCAACUAGAGAAAGCCCUCGCACGAACCGAAGACCCAGCACAGCCAAAAAUAAAUAAAUAAAUGAAUUAAAUAAAUAAAUUUAAAAUAAAAAAAAAAAAAAAAAAAAUAGUUGCCAUUACUACAGUAUCUUGAUUUUUCAUUUCUUUCAGAAUAUCUCUUGUUCUCUAUUUUGACAACCCUCUGCUUUUAUACCAUUUUCUUACAUACAAAUGAUUGUUACAUUUCCAUACCUGUGAUAGUAUCGUUAAAUUAGAUGCAUAAAUUAUCAACCUUUUCAUCAUGUCUGUUUUUCUGAGAUUAUAAAAGUUUUUGUUCAGUAAGGUUUUCUUUAUAAUACCAAUUGGGAUCCAUAAAAAAAUCCAUUAAACAUUUCUUUACUACAGAAAAGUACAGUAUCAUCUGUGUCAUUUAUGUUAAUUAUGGUUUUUACAUUAAUAAUUAAUUACUUGGAAAACAAUGUUAUUAGGUCCUGGUAUUAAAGCACAUUGAUAACUCAUUGGUUUAUGUGCUUGCAGUAUCUUCAUUUACAGUUAAUUUUACUAAUUUUUACUUCAUUUUGGAUCACUGUUUAAUAAAGAUACUCGGUCAUCUAUUUGGUUUUUUUUUAAUUGAAGUAUAGUUGAUUUACAAUGUUGUGUUAGGUCAUCUAUUUGUUUUAAUGAGAUUUAUAAUUAUGGAAAUGUCUGCCCUAAUAAAAGCCUGCAUAUACAA